CUCACGUCUCCCCCCCCCUCCGCCGAUCUUCCCGCGAACACCCCAGCCAGCUGGUCCACCACGUCAUUCCAAACAACAAUGUGCGUACGCGAGUAAUAUAAUAUAUACACACACACACACACACACAGACGCACACGCACGCACAAGAGGUUCUCCUGACCGUUUUCAUGCGGCGGCAGACUCGUUUCCCGAACGAUUUCGAAUCGCCUCGUUAACCGGGUGAAAUAAUAUAUCGGCGACGGCGCGGACCACUACAACAACUGCGCUAUUAUACACACACAACGACGUGCCUCACACGCACGCACGCGGUGUAAUAGUAGUAAUAAUCGGAGACGACCGGUCGGAGACCACGACUGCUGUUGUAUACGCGGCGCGCACCAGUCGUCCGACGUCGUUCGUGCCGUGCGUUAGUGCGUCGAAUCCGGUCGCUCGAAACCGUGUUUAGCCCGCGCGAUCUAAAUCGAUUUUAUCAUAUUAUCAAAAUAUUAUAAUAGUCAACACCGCCGAUCCUCUGACUUCUCGUGCGAUCUGUACGAUAAACAAUACUAUUAAUACGGCUACGUGUUGACACGGCGCGAGCGCAGACUGGACAGUGGUCGUCGUUUUGGCUGUUAUUGUUAUUGUUAUUUUUUUAAUACGCAUCGUUAUCAUUCGACUUCGCGCCGCAAAUGAGUUCGUUUCGAGUGUACGCGGCGGGACGACGCCGCAGGAUCGUCUCCUGCACCGUCCAACAGAGUCAGUGGUCGCUGUAGCCUUCCACCGCCGCUGUGGCCCGUGGUGGUUUCCGAGUGUUCCGAGAACGGCGGACCGCCGCGCCGGUUCUGCACUACACACACCCGUCAGUUUCUCGAUUCGUAUAUUGUUGUGAUUCAGAAAUCGUGUCGAGUUGCGGUCAUGAAGUUUCGUAACCACUCGGAAUCGUCGUCUCUGCGCAGAACUCGAGCGUGAAAAGAAUCCGUUUUUGUUGGAUACGACUGCGACUGCGGACUCGAGUGCCAGCCAGACGUUACCGUGCCGAUAGGUGCCGCAGACAUGUGCGCGGCGCCGACAUUAGUGGUGGCCGUGUUGUGUGCGAUCGCGGCCACCGCCGUCUGCAACAUGCAGCCGGUGGCCGUGACCAACACGGCGGCAGCGUCGGCCGGAGCUGUGGCCGGCGUGGCGGCCGUCCCGGUGUCGGGGCGCUGCGAAGAGAUUACCAUACCGAUGUGCCGGGGCAUCGGGUACAACAUGACGUCGAUGCCUAACCAGCUAAACCACGAGACGCAAGAGGAGGCCGGCAUGGAGGUGCACCAGUUUUGGCCGCUGGUCGAGAUCAACUGUUCGGCCGAUCUCAAGUUCUUCCUGUGUUCGGUGUACACGCCCAUCUGCAUCGAGGAGUACCAGCGGCCGUUGCAGGCGUGUCGGAGCGUGUGCGAACGGGCCCGCGACGGUUGUCUACCGGUCAUGCAGCGGUACGGGUUCGUGUGGCCGGAGAAGAUGCAGUGCGACAAGCUGCCGGUGCACGGCGGCCCGGAGCUGUGCAUGGCCCAGGACGUGUACGAGCAACAGCAGCACGGAUCGGUGAAACCGACCAAGAAACCGGCCGGGUUACCCGCGAACAAGUGCAAGCCGGGCAGCAGGGCCAAGGGAUGCGAGAAAUACGCGUUCGGCGGCAGCGGCGACGGUGUCGGCGACGAAGACGGGUGCGAGUGCAAGUGCAGGCCGCCACUGGUGCCCAUCGACAGGGAAUCGGUCCGGUACAACCGCAGUGGCGUGUCCGUGGCCGGCGUGGAUAACUGCGCGAUGCCGUGCCGGGGCGUGAUGUUCACCGACGACGAGAAGGACUUCGCGUCCACCUGGAUCGCGCUGUGGUCGAGCAUAUGUUGCGUCACCACGCUGAUGACGCUCACCACGUACACCAUCGACACGCAGCGGUUCAAGUACCCGGAAAAGCCGAUCGUGUUCCUGUCCGGUUGCUACCUAAUGGUUAGUCUCGGGUACCUGAUCCGAGUGUACGCGGGUCACGACGCGGUCGCCUGCGAGCCCGACGGUUCCGUCAAGUACAACGCAUCCGGGCCCACGCCGUGCACGCUCGUCUUCCUGUUGCUCUACUUCUUCGGCAUGGCCUCGUCCAUCUGGUGGGUCAUACUGGCGUUCACGUGGUUCCUGGCGGCCGGUCUCAAGUGGGGCAACGAGGCGAUCGCGUCCUACUCGCAAUACUUUCACUUGGCCGCCUGGCUGAUACCCACCGUCAAGUCGCUGGGUGUGCUGGUCAUGUCGGCCGUCGACGGGGACGCGUUCGCCGGCGUGUGCUACGUGGGCAACCAGAACCCGGACAACCUGAAAAUGUUCGUCCUGGCACCGCUCGUCGUCUACCUAGCGUUGGGCAUAUCGUUCUUGUUGGGCGGGUUCGUGUCGCUGUUCCGCAUUCGGAAUGUCAUCAAGCAACAGGUGGGCCGAAGUAAGGCUGACAAGUUGGAGAAGCUCAUGAUCAGGAUCGGCGUGUUCAGCGUCCUGUACACCGUGCCAGCAUCCGUCGUCAUCGGGUGCCACUACUACGAGGCCCGGUACAUGCCCGACCGCGUGGCUCACUUGGCGUGCCCGUGCUCCGAACCGAACCUCGACACCAAGCCGGUGUACACCAUGCUCAUGCUCAAGUACUUCAUGACGCUGGUAAUGGGCGUCACGUCGGGCGUGUGGAUAUGGUCUGGCAAGACGGUCGGCUCGUGGAAACGCCUGUCCCGUCGGCUGUUUGGAGGCGGCGGCGUUGGUGGCGGAAGCGGUGGCGGUCGCAUGUCCAAGGGCGGCCCCAACCCGGUGCUCGUCAACCCGGGCAAACAACGCAAGCAGCUACAGUACAUGCCGGCGCCGUCCGUGCCGGGCAGUACGCUGCCUUCGUCCCACCACCUGGCCCCGUCGUCCAGCCUGCACCACCACAUCAUCAAACAGGCGCCGCUUAGCCACGUAUGACAUCAGUACGCCACUCCUGCCCUUAGUUACGAGCAUCCAGACCCGUCCGAGGACAUGAUGCCCUCAACCACGGGGCUCAGCGACUAUGGUCCUCUUUAAAGGGUCGGGCAGGAGGAAUGAUGAUGAACCAAUAACCCAUCAGAAGUAUAAAAUAUGAUCUCGUUAUGUACUUUUAUUAUUAUUAUUAUAUUAUUAUAUUAUUAUUAUUAUUAUUAUUUCUGUAAAAUAUACUUCCUACUCGAACAGACGAACCGCCCACCACAUUUAAAACUCGGACUCGGCAUUGGAAACACAUCACAUCGAAAAUAGACGUGUGUCUUUGCUUAUAAUAGGUAACCUAACUACGUGGUUCACACCAAAAAUAGUAAAAUAUAUAAUGUAACUCCAUCGUUAAACCAAAUUACCGAUGUGACGUUUUCGACUGGUUUGACGAGUUGACUAGGUAAUUGAAACAAAAAACGUAUAGCUACCCUGUCGGCCUUAGGUUUAUUUUCUGGUGCUUUCCCCAAUUCAAUUUCAAAUUAUAUUAUUUUCAUUUUGUAAAUAACUUUAAAUUUAAGAAGCGUAUACUAGUCGUAGUAGUUAAGUUGUGUAUUUUUUUGUUUUUGUGUUAGCAUUAAGAAAUCCUUUUAUACUGUAAUUAAUGUAAAAAGGAAAAGACAACAUUCGGUUAUCCGAAAUUACUAUAAUUAACUCAUGUUUUUUUUUUUUAAAUAUAUAUAAAAAAAAUAUGAGUUGUUCGCCAAACUCGUGCAAUAUAUUAUAUUAUUAUUCCAAUGACUUUUUUUUGAUAAAAACAUAAAUUGUAUUAUUUGUAAGCCAUUUUAUUUAUACUAGACUUUUUGUCUCUUUUAGUCUUUUACUGCCCAAUAUUAUACGAAAAACAAACUGUAUACGUAAAUUAAGUGAUAAUAUUAUUAUAAACAUAUAUACAAGUAAGAUUAUUAUUCAUGCAUACAAAUUAUUUAUACUAUUUAUAAUAUAUAUAUUACUAUAUUGUAGAAGAAAAUACUGUACAUACUAUAAUAUGUUUUAAAUAAAAAUUGUACAUUUCAUGUUUUCAUAA